GUAUCCUUCAUGCAAUGGAUCUCGGUAGCCGGGGGGAAAUUCACAGUCCUUUCUUAUGUAACAAGUUUAAUCUUGUUUACAUUAUUCCACCAGGGAGAGUGAACACAAGGUUCUUACUCUCGAUGUUGGCUGCCUAUUCAUUCGGUGCUUCUGUUAAUGCUUUUCCAAAUUAUCUCUUCGAAAUCAAGCAACGCAUUGUUCUCAGACUUUUGACAGGUAUAACAAUUGGCUCUGGAAAUUUAUUGUGUAGAGCCAUCACAGCUAGGAAAAGGAGUGAAAUCUACCGCGGUUGCAUGAAAUAUUGUUUUGUUCUACCGCUCUAUGCCUUAGUUUUCAUUGUUUUGGACAAGAGUCGCUCAGCUCUUUUGGUGAUAAAAAUACACACUGUGCAGAUAUUGUUCAUGGGGUAUCUUAUGAUAUAUAGCCAAGAAAUAUUGUACGAUGCAGACUUUGGAGAUAUUAACUCCGUCAACUGCAUGCUCACCGUCUUCUUCCAUUUACCGGGCAUAGUCAUCCAUGCUGCAAGGCUAUACCUGCAGGGUGCAGGAAUUGAACAACAUGAACACAAUUAA